AUGCAGGUGGGAGAGGAAAUGUCGUCGCUCACGAAAAUAGCAUGCCCGAUCGUGAUGACAUCACUCCUCAUUUUCUCGAGAUCAAUAAUCUCAAUGUGGUUCUUGAGCCACCUCGGAAAAGUCGAACUCGCUGGUGGUGCACUCGCCAUGGGCUUUGGAAACAUCACCGGAGUCUCCGUGCUCAAAGGCCUUUCCGUUGGUAUGGACCCAAUCUGUGGCCAAGCCUUCGGUGCCAAACGUUGGACCGUACUUAGCCACACGUUUCAGAAAAUGUUCUGUCUCUUGAUUGUCGUCUCUAUUCCAAUCUCCGUCACGUGGCUCAACAUCGAACCCAUUUUCCUCAGGUUGGGUCAAGACCCGGAUAUCACACGUGUCGCCAAAACAUACAUGGUCUUCUUCGUCCCUGAGCUCUUGGCUCAAGCCAUGCUUCACCCGCUACGAACGUUCCUUAGAACGCAAGGCCUAACGUCACCAUUAACGAUAUCAGCAAUCGUAUCCAUUCUUCUUCAUCCUCUCUUUAACUACGUCUUCGUCGUGCGUAUGCGUUUAGGCGUUAAGGGCGUUGCAAUCGCAAUGGCUUUUAACACAAUGAACAUCAACGUUGGACUACUCGUUUACACGUGUUAUUCGGAUUCUUUAAUCAAACCUUGGGAAGGGCUAGCUUUGCGGUCUCUUUUCCGUGGCUGGUGGCCGCUUCUUUCUCUAGCCGCACCAAGCGCAAUCUCUGUGUGUUUGGAGUAUUGGUGGUAUGAGAUAAUGCUUUUCCUUUGUGGGCUUCUUGGAAACCCUAAAGCGAGUGUGUCCGCCAUGGGAAUACUGAUUCAAACAACGGGACUACUCUACGUAGUCCCGUUUGCUAUAAGCUGCGCUAUUGCAACUCGUGUAGGCCAUGCUCUAGGAGGUGGGCAACCUACACGAGCUCAAUGUACGACCGUGAUUGGUUUGAUACUCGCAGUAGCUUACGGUUUAUCAGCUGCUGUUUUUGUGACCGCUCUUAGGUCGGUUUGGGGAAAGAUGUUCACGGACGAACCGGAGAUUCUAGGGUUGAUUUCGUCUGCGCUUCCGAUAUUAGGGCUUUGUGAGAUCGGAAACUCGCCGCAGACGGCUGCUUGCGGAGUCUUGACGGGCACGGCAAGGCCUAAAGAUGGGGCACGCGUUAACUUAUGUGCGUUUUACAUUGUGGGCUUGCCGGUGGCUGUUACAACCACGUUUGGGUUUAAAAUUGGGUUUCGUGGGCUAUGGUAUGGACUGUUGGCUGCGCAGAUUACAUGUUUAGUUAUGAUGCUUUAUACAUUGGUUCGUACGGAUUGGGCUCACCAGGUGAAGCGAGCAGAGGAACUUACUUCUGCUGCAGCCGACAAAAGUCAUUUGUCAUCGGACGAAGAAACCGUCCAAACUGAAGUAGGAGUUGAUGAUGAUGUUGGUAGCAAUGAUUUGGAGAUUGGUUUACUACAAAACACCAACUAA